UUUGAAAAUUUGUUUGUUAAUCAAAUGAAACUUUUACUUGGCUCUUUGAUUUUAAUUGGUUUGAGCUUAUCUGCUUUGACCUACUUGAGUUUGGAAAAACCUCACCAUGAUCUCGAAUCUAUUCAAGAUGUUAAACAACAAUUCGAAAAGUACUUAUAGUAAUUCGGUAUUGUCAUCAAGAAUGCUGAAGAACGUAUUUACAGAUUGAAGGUCUUCAUUUAAAACGUUGCUGAAAUUGUUGCUCACAAUAAGCUUUCCAACAAGACCUACACUCAAGGUAUUAACUAAUUCGCUCACAUGACUGAUGAAGAAUUUGCUCAAACUUAUCUUACCCUUGAAGAUCGUGAAAAGGAAACUCUUAACAUCUAAUAAUUCUAAUCAAAUGAUAUCCCUGAAUCUGUUGACUGGAGAACCUAGGGUGCUGUUACUGAAGUUAAAAACUAAGGUGGCUGUGGUUCUUGCUACGCAUUCUCUGCUGCUGGUGCUCUUGAAGGUCUCCACGCUUAACAAACUGGAAACUUAACUAGCUUCUCAUCUCAACAAAUUAUCGAUUGCUCAUGGAAAUACCAUAACCACGGAUGCCACGGUGGUUUCAUGGAUAAUGUUUUCAAUUACGUUAAAGAUCACGGUAUUGAACUAGACUAAGACUAUCCUUAUGUUGGUCACGUCCACUUAUUCAAAUGCUUGAAUAACCCUGAUGCUUACCACUAUUCUAUCAAGGGCCACUAUGAUAUUAAGGCUGGUGAUUGCCAAGGUUUAUAAGUAGCUAUUGCUUAACAACCUGUUUCAGUUGCUAUUGAUGCUAGAGUACUUAAGAAAUACAGUUCUGGUAUUGUUACUGAAUGUGGUAGAAGAAUUAAGCUUAACCACGGUGUUUUGGCAGUUGGUUACGAUGCUGAUUCUUUAAUUAUCAAGAAUUCUUGGGGUACUAGAUGGGGUGAAUAAGGAUACUUCAGACUUGGCAAGAAUAACACUUGCGGUGUUUGCUAAGCUGCUUCUUAUCCUAUCCCUCUUUGA